ACGACGGCGACCACGACAUCGACGAGCUCGAAGGCUCUCUGGCUGUACUUUCCGACCUUGGCCCAUGGCAUCAUGGGUGCUCGCGCACCCGCCAUGGCAUGCACUUGCUCGGGUACGGCUCCGUUGGGACGUCUUCGUCAAGCCUGGCACAUGGACUAGCAAACAAUUUCUGAGCACGCCUCCGCUCUCGGCCGAGACCCCUGCUAUGCGGGAGGUGAAGACGUACCCUUAUCCAGCAACGGCGCCGGAUACUACGCUGUUCGAGGAGACCACGGACGAAUACUACGCAGCGGAGGGAGACACGCAGGCGCAUACAGGGCUCUAUCCAUCGCAUGCGGAGGUCAAUCAUCCAAGCACCAUGCUGGAGAACCUUGUGAAGGAAAGAAACUACGCAGAUGCCACGCGAGUUCACGCCGAACUCCUCGAAUUAGGUGUCGAAAUACCCUUCCACCCCGUCUACCACUUCGCCGCACGCCAAGCCCUCCUCAACCCAGCGCUCUCCCAGCGGGAGCGGCUGGAAAGUUUCGUAAAGUGGUGGUCGCUCUUUCCGCCGCGGAGGGAAGUCAGGGAGCCUCUUCGGGCGAUUGGCAGCGUCCUAACAGACCUACUUCGCAACGACGCGGUUCCCGACAUACCCUUGAUCGUACGGUUCGCCCUCCUCGCUGCCUCGAAGGGAUAUGCUCGCGCUGUCUACCGGCAGGUCAUCCCGGUUAUUGCCAGCUACGCUCCCAGCGAUGUCCUAUUACACUUCCUCGGAGAGUUCCUCGCCGCCGUACGGCAGUUCAAGACGUCAAUUGUCCGCGACGGCAAGGCCUCCGAGAGUGCUGCAAGUCGUACGCUCCACAUUCAACCCUCAUUCAUCUAUGGCAUCACACUCCUAGAGCUAGUUCGCAUAGGCAAGACUGGUGUCGCCCUUGAGGUGUUACAACUAGUGCGUUCUCGUGGCAUCCGCUACCACUACAUCCUCUGUUUUCUCCGUGAAGAGGCAGAUGCCAAUGUUGUCGCCACAGUCAUGUCGCUGUGUAAAGCUCGGCAGGCGCAGUCGUCGUGGCUCGAAACCCCCGCCAAGGACGCUAUCUUGCCUUCCUGGAAACCCCCCUCUAGUCCAACGCGACAACCAGAGACAGUUGCCACCCCUUCCCUCGACCCUUUGCAAUCUCCGACGGACGACGCGGCUGCAUCUGCAUCUGAUUCCAACGAAAUGCAAGCGUUGGUCACGAUAACGAGAUCUCUCAAGCAUGCCCUGUCUUCAGGAACUCUAUCUCUGUCUUCGGAGUCGCUCCAGCGGGUUCUAGCGGCCUAUAGAGCGGCUGGGCGGUCGACGCUCCUACGCCGGCUUCGCGUCCUCGCCUACCGACACCAUGAGAUCGUUCCGACCUGGGCCCUCGCGGAGAUGGUAAACCACGACCAUUGCCACCGUUCCCUUUACACCAUCAUGGAGGAGUUCGAAUCCCAUUUCUACCUGGUCGGCGUUCCACGAGGCUUCACCGAUGAAUUGUGGAAAGCGCGCGGCAACGGGCCAGCGCGGAAUCGUCCUCAGAUUCAUCGCAAGUACUUCCCUACGGCCAAGCACACACACUUUGUCUGGAGGGUCUUCCUUGCCAGAGCCCGUGGACGCGCGCAGGUAGAACGACUCUACCUGCAGCUCCUGGAGGAUGUGGCAGCGUCUCGUGACAUCCCUGCGCUCGCUGUACCACGCAUAGCCUGCCUGCCAUCUUGGAAGCCAGCCACGGACCCUGCGGUGUUCAUACGCCCCAUCCCUCCUCCGAGCCUGUUCGGCGUCGGCCACUUUGCUAUCUUCAUGAAGGCUUUCGAUCGGCUUGAUCUACCCAAGGUCGCUGCGCGUGUCAUCAUCGACAUGUACUCGUUAGGGUUCGGGCCCGAUUCGGGGCUCGUCGCUCCCUUCUUGUCGUCUCUGCGCUACCUGCCGUCGGACCACCCUCCCACCAAGGCCUUGGACUUUUUCGAGAAAGCCCUACAGAACGCUAGCCAGGGCGGGUUUUCGGCCGAGCAGGCACAGUCUCAGGCGAACUCGCACUCAUCAAGCUCGGGGGACGAACGCGACACACUGAAAACGCGGAUGCUUGCCUUUGUGUACGGCGGCGUGAUGCGCCGGCUGCUCCUCGAUGGGCGUGACGCGGAGGCUGUGGAAGUCGCUCGACGUUUCGUUGCUAGCGUGCCGCCCCUUCGAAACCCCAGCCGUUUCAUCGAGGAAGUCCUACGUGAGCCCGUCAUCGCUUGCGCAUUGGCAUCUGAACCAGAGUCGAUGUCUCCGGUGCCGUAGUGCGCGCGGUCACACAGCUCGCUCCGCCUCACGCGUGUGGCACCCACGCUCGCUGAAGGCCCAUAUGCCGUCACCCGUCCACUGCCUCCCGACGGAAAAGGAUGUCACACUAGGCUCCUGGGAAUCGCAGUCUGUCGGCCCCGCGAUAUGGUCUCGUCGCCAAGGAUAGGGCCGCGGUGGGUUUGCAAACCCUUGGGCCUUUGCGGCGGGGGCAGCAUCAUCAAACACUGUCGGCCGGAUGGGGCCAGAGGAGCGUCCUCGUUGGAUAGGAGAGGAGGACAAGCGUAGGCGAACGAGUAGAAACAUGUGUAGCCCAUCCAUGUUCAUCUCAAUGCAAUACUCGUUGCUUGGCUUAAUGGUCCGUGUUCGAAUGAGAGCUAAUUGCGAUGACAAGCCUUCGUGCUAGAACGACGGCGACGUACGUCCUCUGCCCGACAAGAACCUCCCCCUUUGUGAGGCCGCGAUCGCGCUCUGCCGGCACCCCGUUUCGCGAUGC